AUGGAUUUAGUGACGAGUUGUAAGGACAAAUUAGCAUACUUUCGAAUAAAGGAGCUUAAGGAUGUCCUCACUCAGCUAGGACGUCCAAAGCAAGGAAAGAAACAGGACCUUGUUGAUCGGAUAUUAGCCAUUCUCUCCGAUGAUCGAGUUUCAGGAACGUGGGACAAGAAAAAUGCCGUUGGGAAAGAGGAAGUAGCAAAGUUGGUAGAUGACACUUACAGAAAAAUGAAGAUAUCUGGGGCAACUGAUUUAGCAACUAAAUCAGAUAGCAGUAAUGUAAAACUCAAUGUAAAACUCAAAGAUGAAACUGAAGAGCCUCACCAAAUGGAUAAAAUCCGCUGCCUUUGUGGAAGCACACUACCAACUGAUUCAAUGAUAAAGUGUGAAGAUCCAAGGUGCAAUGUGUGGCAGCAUAUAGCUUGUGUGGUGAUCCCUGAGAAACCUGUGGAGGGUGUUCUACCAGAUACCCCUGAAAUUUUUUACUGUGAAAUUUGUAGACUUAGUCGGGCAGAUCCGUUCUGGAUGACAGUGGCACAUCCUUUGUAUCCUGUGAAGUUGACCAUUACCAGUAUUCCUUCAGAUGGCUCAAAUCCUGUUCAGAGCAUAGAGAAAACAUUUCAUCUGACGAGGGCAGACAAAGACUUGUUGUUGAAACAAGAAUAUGACGUUCAGGCUUGGUGCAUGCUUCUUAAUGACAAGGUGCCAUUUAGGAUGCAGUGGCCACAGUAUGCAGACCUACAGGUCAAUGAUGUACAAGUACGAGCAAUAAACAGACCUAGCUCACAGCUUCUGGGGGCAAAUGGUCGAGAUGAUGGACCUAUUAUAACAACAUGCACCACCAGAGACGGCAUUAAUAAGAUUUCAUUAACAGGAUGCGAUGGUCGCAUAUUCUGUUUGGGAGUAAGAAUUGUGAAACGGCGUGCUCUUCACCAGGUUCUCAACAUGAUCCCCAAAGAAUCUGAAGGUGAACGUUUUGAGGAUGCACUUGCUCGCGUUCGUCGUUGUGUUGGUGGUGGGGCUGCCACAGAAAAUGCUGAUAGUGACAGUGAUAUUGAAGUUGUUGCUGAUUUCAUUCCUGUCAAUCUUCGUUGUCCUAUGAGUGGUUUAAGAAUGAAGAUUGCUGGAAGAUUUAAACCCUGUGUCCACAUGGGCUGUUUUGAUCUUGAAGUUUUUGUGGAAAUGAACCAAAGGUCUAGGAAGUGGCAAUGCCCUAUUUGUCUCAAGAAUUAUUCACUGGAGAGAAUCAUCAUAGACCCUUAUUUCAACCGAAUUACAUCCAAGAUUAAGAAUUGUGGAGAAGAUGUGAAUGAGAUUGAGGUUAAGCCCGACGGCUCCUGGCGUGCGAAGACAGAAGGUGACCGUAGGGCUCUCGGGGAACUUGGGCUGUGGCACUUGCCUGAUGGUAGUCUCUGUCCGUCUAUGGAAGGAGAAUCUAAACCCAAACCAGAAUUUCCUAAACUGAUUAAGCAGGAAGGUGGUUCUGAUAGCCAUGCUGGGUUGAAACUUGGAAUGAAGAAAAACCGAAAUGGUUUCUGGGAAUUGAAUAAAUCUGAUGAAAUGUUGAAACUAUCGUCUGCGAAUAGAUUGCAGGAACAAUUUUUAAACAACCAUAAUAUAAUUCCUAUGAGCAGCAGCGCCACUGGCAGUGGUAGAGAUGGUGAAGAUGCUAGUGUCAACCAGGAUGGCGCAGAAAACAUUGAUUUUGUCACAAACCACGGCAUUGAGCUGGAGUCAAUUUCCCUGAAUAUGGAACCAAGCUAUGUAUUUAAUGAGCAAAAUCCACCCGCACCACCUGAGGAAGUAAUUGUCCUCAGUGAUUCAGAAGAAGAAAAUGAGCCUCGAAUUUCUUCUGGAGCGAUUUACAAGAACAACCACAUGGACAAUGGUGGAACCACUUUUCCUGUUUCCCAGCAUGGAAUUCCUGGUUCUUAUCCGGAAGAUCCUGCCGCCUUUGGUAAUGUUAUUGGUCUUUUCAAUGAUGAUUUUGGGAUGAAUAUGUGGUCUUUGCCUUCUGGUAGUCAAGGGGCCCCUGGUUUUCAGUUAUUUGGUUCAGACGCAGACGUAACAGAUGCCUUGGUUGAUGUGCAGCAUGGUUCUAUCAAUUGUCCAACUUCAUCUAAUAGCUACACAUUGACUGCAGAGAAUGCCAUGGGACCUGCUGCACUUGUUCCUGAGUCUUCUGUUAAACAUGCUAAUGUAAAUGACGGAUUAGUUGAUAACCCUUUGGCAUUUAGUGGUAAUGAUCCUUCGCUUCAAAUAUUUCUUCCGACAAGGCCAUCCGAUGCAUCAGCACAGGCUGACACAAGAGAUCUUCCAGACGUUUCAAAUGGUAUUCGUAGUGAGGAUUGGAUUUCUCUCAGGCUUGGGGGUGGCAGCGCAGGGGGUCAUGGUGAACCUGCAGCUUCAAAUAUUUUAAGCUCCGGGGAUCAAUUACUAUCCAAGAAUGGUGCCUUGGAUUCAUUGGCGGACACGGCUUCUAUACUUCUUGGCAUGAAUGACAAGAAGUCCGACUCUGAGUAA